GAGUGCAGCAGCGCUGGCUCCUGCAGACAGAGCUGAGCCAGCCCGGGGAGCCCAGCGGCGCGCACUGCCUGCAGCCGCGCCGGCGAUGCGGGGCCACCCCGUGCCCGCUCGAGUCCCGGCCCCGGCGCCCGCGGGAAGGGGCUGAGCUGCUCGCCGUCCGGAUGGGGAGCCUCGGCGCGCUUGCCCUCUGCCUGCUCCGGCUCCUACUCCUGGGGCUGCAGCGGUCGCCGCUGCCCGGCGCCCGAGCGCAGAGCGCCGCAGGUGGCUGUUCCUUUGAUGAGCAUUACAGCAACUGUGGGUAUAGCGUGGCUCUGGGGACCAAUGGGUUUACCUGGGAGCAGAUUAACACAUGGGAGAAGCCAAUGCUGGACCCAACUGUGCCCACAGGCUCCUUCAUGAUGGUGAACAGCUCCGGAAGGGCUUCCGGCCAGAAAGCGCAUCUUCUUCUGCCGACCCUAAAGGAGAAUGACACCCACUGCAUUGACUUCCACUACUACUUCUCCAGCCGAGAUCGCUCCAGCCCGGGAGCCUUGAAUGUCUACGUGAAGGUGAACGGUGGUCCUCAAGGGAACCCUGUCUGGAACGUGUCUGGGGUUGUCACCGAGGGCUGGGUGAAGGCAGAGCUUGCCAUCAGCACCUUCUGGCCUCAUUUCUACCAGGUGAUAUUUGAAUCCGUCUCUUUGAAGGGUCAUCCUGGUUACAUCGCUGUGGACGAGGUCCGGGUCCUUGCUCAUCCAUGCAGAAAAGCACCUCAUUUCCUGCGACUCCAGAAUGUUGAGGUGAAUGUUGGGCAGAAUGCCACAUUUCAGUGCAUUGCUGGUGGGAAGUGGUCUCAGCAUGACAAGCUUUGGCUUCAGCAAUGGAAUGGCAGAGACACGGCCCUCAUGGUCACUCGUGUGGUCAACCACAGGCGCUUCUCGGCCACAGUCAGUGUAGCAGACACCUCUCAACGCAGCGUCUCCAAGUAUCGCUGUGUAAUCCGCUCAGAUGGUGGGUCCGGUGUGUCCAACUAUGCAGAGCUGAUCGUGAAAGAGCCUCCCACGCCCAUCGCUCCCCCAGAACUGCUGGCGGUGGGGGCCACCUACCUGUGGAUUAAGCCAAAUGCCAACUCCAUUAUUGGGGACGGCCCCAUCAUUCUGAAGGAAGUGGAAUACCGCACUACCACGGGCACCUGGGCUGAGACCCACAUCGUGGACUCUCCCAACUACAAGCUCUGGCAUCUGGACCCUGAUGUGGAAUAUGAGAUCCGGGUGCUGCUCACACGGCCAGGCGAGGGAGGCACAGGACCACCAGGACCUCCUCUUACCACCAGGACCAAGUGUGCAGAUCCUGUGCACGGCCCGCAGAACGUGGAGAUUGUGGACAUUCGGGCCAGGCAGCUGACCCUGCAGUGGGAGCCCUUUGGCUACGCAGUGACCCGCUGCCACAGCUACAACCUUACGGUGCAAUACCAGUACGUGUUCAACCAGCAGCAGUACGAGGCUGAGGAGGUGAUCCAGACCUCGUCCCACUACACCCUGCGGGGUCUGCGGCCCUUCAUGACCAUCAGACUGCGCCUACUGCUCUCCAACCCCGAGGGCCGGAUGGAGAGUGAGGAGCUGGUGGUACAGACUGAGGAGGAUGUUCCAGGAGCUGUUCCUCUUGAGUCCAUCCAGGGAGGGCCCUUUGAGGAGAAGAUCUACAUCCAGUGGAAACCUCCCAAUGAAACCAAUGGGGUCAUCACACUCUAUGAGAUUAACUACAAGGCUGUUGGCUCACUGGAUCCAAAUGCCGACCUGUCCAGCCAGAGGGGAAAAGUGUUCAAACUUCGGAAUGAAACCCACCACCUCUUUGUGGGUCUGUACCCAGGAACCACCUACUCCUUCACCAUCAAGGCCAGCACAGCCAAGGGCUUUGGACCCCCUGUCACCACUCGGAUUGCCACCAAGAUCUCAGCUCCGUCGAUGCCUGAAUACGAUGCAGACACACCACUUAAUGAAACAGAAACGACCAUCACAGUGAUGCUCAAACCUGCCCAGUCUCGGGGAGCCCCUGUCAGUGUUUACCAGCUGGUGGUCAAGGAGGAGCGACUUCAGAAAUCCCGGAGAGCAGCUGACAUCAUCGAGUGUUUCUCUGUACCUGUGAGCUACCGGAACGCCUCCAACCUCGAUUCUCUCCACUACUUUGCAGCCGAGUUGAAGCCCUCCAACCUGCCUGUCACCCAGCCAUUUACAGUAGGAGACAACAAGACAUACAAUGGCUACUGGAACCCUCCCCUCUCCCCAUUGAAGAGCUACAGCAUCUACUUCCAGGCACUCAGCAAAGCAAAUGGAGAGACAAAAAUCAACUGUGUGCGUCUGGCUACAAAAGGUGCUUCCACCCAGAAUUCUAACACUGUGGAGCCAGAGAAGCAGGUAGACAACACGGUGAAGAUGGCAGGUGUGAUCGCUGGCCUCCUCAUGUUCAUCAUCAUUCUCCUGGGUGUGAUGCUGACCAUCAAAAGGAGAAGAAAUGCUUAUUCCUACUCCUAUUACUUGUCCCAAAGGAAGCUGGCUAAGAAGCAGAAGGAGACACAGAGCGGAGCCCAGAGGGAGAUGGGCCCCGUGGCCUCAGCUGACAAGCCCACCACCAAGCUCAGCACCAACCGCAAUGAUGAAGGCUUCUCCUCCAGUUCUCAGGAUGUUAAUGGAUUCACAGACGGCAGCCGUGGGGAGCUGUCACAGCCUACCCUCACCAUUCAGACUCACCCCUACCGGACCUGCGACCCUGUGGAGAUGAGCUACCCCCGGGACCAGUUCCAGCCUGCCAUCCGAGUAGCCGACCUGCUCCAACACAUCACUCAGAUGAAGCGAGGCCAGGGCUAUGGCUUCAAGGAGGAAUACGAGGCUAGUUACAAGACUACCAGUUUUGGAAGACUGUUGGAACAAGAGUUACAGGCCUUACCAGAGGGACAGACAGCUUCGUGGGACACAGCCAAGGAAGAUGAAAACCGCAAUAAGAAUCGAUAUGGAAACAUCAUAUCCUAUGACCACUCCCGGGUGAGGCUGUUGGUGCUGGAUGGAGACCCCCACUCUGACUACAUCAAUGCCAACUACAUCGAUGGGUACCACCGUCCCCGGCACUACAUUGCAACCCAAGGUCCAAUGCAAGAGACUGUGAAGGACUUUUGGAGAAUGAUCUGGCAGGAAAACUCUGCUAGCAUCGUCAUGGUCACAAACCUCGUGGAAGUGGGCAGGCACCCAGCGGAACACACUGUGGGAAAUGCCACGCUAGGCCGUGCGUCGUCCCCCGGAAUGGUAAAGUGUGUGCGGUACUGGCCAGAUGACACAGAGGUCUAUGGAGACAUUAAAGUCACCCUAAUUGAAACAGAGCCCCUGGCAGAAUAUGUCAUCCGCACCUUCACAGUCCAGAAGAAAGGCUACCACGAGAUCCGGGAGCUCCGCCUCUUCCACUUCACCAGCUGGCCUGACCAUGGUGUUCCCUGCUAUGCCACCGGCCUUCUGGGCUUCGUCCGCCAGGUCAAGUUCCUCAACCCCCCAGAAGCCGGGCCCAUAGUGGUCCACUGCAGUGCUGGAGCCGGGAGGACUGGCUGCUUCAUUGCCAUUGACACCAUGCUCGACAUGGCUGAGAAUGAAGGGGUGGUGGACAUCUUCAACUGCGUGCGUGAGCUGCGGGCACAGAGGGUCAACCUGGUGCAAACAGAGGAGCAGUACGUGUUUGUGCAUGACGCCAUUCUGGAAGCAUGCCUCUGCGGCAACACCGCCAUCCCUGUGUGUGAGUUCCGCUCUCUCUACUACAACAUCAGCAGGCUGGACCCCCAGACUAACUCCAGCCAGAUCAAAGAUGAGUUUCAGACACUCAACAUUGUGACACCCCGAGUGCGGCCUGAGGACUGCAGCAUCGGACUCCUACCCCGGAACCAUGAUAAGAAUCGGAGCAUGGAUGUCCUGCCUCUGGACCGCUGCCUGCCCUUCCUCAUCUCAGUGGAUGGAGAGUCCAGCAAUUACAUCAAUGCAGCACUGAUGGAUAGUCACAAGCAACCUGCCGCCUUUGUGGUCACCCAGCACCCUCUCCCCAACACUGUGGCAGACUUCUGGAGAUUGGUGUUCGAUUAUAAUUGUUCCUCUGUGGUGAUGCUGAAUGAGAUGGACACUGCUCAGCUCUGUAUGCAAUACUGGCCUGAGAAGACCUCCGGGUGUUACGGUCCCAUUCAGGUGGAGUUUGUCUCCGCAGACAUUGAUGAGGACAUCAUCCACAGGAUCUUCCGUAUCUGUAACAUGGCUCGGCCACAGGAUGGUUACCGUAUCGUCCAGCACCUCCAGUAUAUUGGCUGGCCUGCAUACCGGGACACACCCCCUUCCAAGCGCUCUCUACUCAAAGUGGUCCGACGGCUGGAGAAGUGGCAGGAGCAGUACGAUGGGAGAGAGGGACGCACUGUGGUCCACUGCCUAAAUGGAGGCGGCCGCAGCGGAACAUUCUGUGCCAUCUGCAGUGUGUGCGAGAUGAUCCAACAGCAGAACAUCAUCGACGUGUUCCACAUCGUGAAAACACUGCGCAACAACAAGGCCAACAUGGUGGAGACACUGGAACAGUAUAAAUUUGUAUAUGAGGUGGCGCUGGAAUAUUUAAGCUCCUUUUAGCCCAGUUGGAUGGGAAACCUGCCAGAGUCCAGAGGCUGUUUGUUGCAGCUGACCCUCUUUUUCUGUGACUGACAAUGACUGGUCUCAGGAGUUCGGAGGUGGCACACCUGCCCAACUCCGAGAAGAAGACUGGUGGUCUCGUGCUCUGCUGUGGGCUCUGCAGCUUCUGGCGGGUCUUCUGUAGCUGUGAGAGAUGCUGCUGUGAUGGGGCCCAAGCUUCCCUUCUACACCUGAUGACAUGGGGCCCACAGAAGUUUACACUCAAGCAAGGCCCUGGACUUCCAAUCCCCAGACCUCUUGCUUUUGUUCUUUCUGAGUUUGUCAAUCUCAUGACGAGCUGACUGUGCUGGUGCUGGGGUAUGGGGAGCUGGCCAGCCCUUCCCUUGCUGUCCUUAGGAGGACUGGGGGUGGAUGUUCUUCUCCAUUCUAUCUUGCAAAAGACAGUAGUUUGGGGGAUCACUGGGUUAUUGGGUUCUACAAUCUCCUACAAGGGUCUCUGGCAUGAGGCACUUGCCAGUCUGUAUCAGUGUGACUUCUGGAUAACCCCUAGACCAUAUCAAGGGUCCUCUUUCAUCUCACACCUAACCUGUGCUGGGUUUGACUCAUGACUACCAUCUCCAGCCAAGACCUGACCUUCUGUAUUCUCCUGGCCAACCAGCUAUUUCCACAUCAUACUUGGGCAAGGGUUUCCUUUGCUUUUCCAUAGUCUGUCGGGGAGGAGGAUUCAUAGGAAAUGUUGCAGUACCUUUUUAUCUUUGUAGAAAGGGCCACUCUACUGGGCAGGUUCUGACUGGCCUGUAUGGUAUAACCCUGUGCUCCCUAGGUGGUACUUUCUGUAUGAAAGACAAACAAGAAAUGCUUUGAUUGUUCUCCCAAGUACAUGUGAAAAGAAACCGUAUGAAAAUAUAAAUCCUGUGUUCCCUUAUGUCAGAAAAAAAAGGAAGAAAAGAAAAAGGAAGGAUGGCAGUUUGAGUGUGGCUAUAAGACACAUUUCUUGGGCUUAUCCUGAUUCCUGGCCAUUCCCUUGAAAAGUUCCACUGAUGACACAGCCAUUGAAUGAGUGAGGUGGCAUUCCUGGGAUUGGUCCCUGGUUUGGGGGGGAAAUACGGAAACAGCUUUAUAAUUUGUCUCUCCAAACCUGAACACUUUCCUAAAGAAAUCCAGCUGCUGUUUUGAAAAUGGCUACUGUGGCCCCCAGGCUGGUUUCUAAUACAUUAAGCAGGUUUAGCUCCUGGGAUUCUUAGUCUUGCCCAAAGCAUGAGUAAAUUCAGAAAAGGGAAACAUUUGUGAAGCUUUCCUGCAAGCCAAGUGCCAUACUUAUCCCCUCCCAUAUGACGUCUCAUCGCACACCUGAAAAGGGUUUGCAUCACCUCCAUUUUGUAAUUGAAGAAACCCGAGCACCUUCUUCAGUGAUGGAAUUCGGGAUUCAAAAAGACAGGUGAUGGCAAUGAAACCUCCCGGCCAUUUUUUUCAUGCUUUCUCAGCCACGCAGUUAUUUAAUGGAAGAAAAAUAAGGCUACAAACUUCUGAGCAGAGAGAGAAGUCCAUGAGCAGAAAAUUUAAUUCUUUCUUUCUGCUACUAGUUCUUCUCGGUAGCCCAAACUUUCAGAAAUAUUUUUAUUAACUCAUUCCAGUUCCCAGAGAAAGCUAAUCUUAUCUAAUUUCUUCAUUGCUAAAAACAAUUCUCAUGUUCCCUCAGGAUACAAGGGAGCCAGCCUGGGAAUCUCUCUAGCCUGGGCUGAGCCACAAUAUUUGACAGCCUUAAUAGCCAGGGGUCUAGAAAGGUCUAUCUUGCAGACUGAUUUAUCCACAAAGUAUGAGGGACACAGAAUCCAAUAAGGUACGCAUCUUGCCCUUCAGGCUCACUAUAUACUAGGAAAGUUGAGCCACAUUGUAAUAGUGGAACAUACAAGCGUUCAAUGAGCCUAGACAUGAGAGUAACUCACUCUGCCUAGCAACACCCAUCCCAGCUGGGUCUCAACAGAUAGAACAGAAAAAAAGAAAAUUCAAGCCAAAGGGGUUAAUGUGCACAAUGGUAAAGAGAAGUAAGAAAGUAUCAGGAGGGACAGAUGGUGGGAGGUCAGCCCAGCUAGAAUAAAGCAGGACCGGGAUAAUAGCAGGAAGGUAGCCAGAGCCAGGGAGGAAAUGUAAAGAGCAUGGUCAUUGCCCUGCAGGCAACAAGAAGCUGGCAGAGCUCAACAGUGAUACACUCAGCUUGGUUUUGGAGAAGGUCCUCUGGACCAGUAGUACAGCAUCUUUUAUCUGGACCAGUAGUACAGCAUCUUGGUUUGGGAAAAAGUCCUCUGGACCAGUAGUACAGCAUCUUUUAUCUGGACCAGUAGUACAGCAUCUUGGUUUGGGAGAAGGUCCUCUGGACCAGUAGUACAGCAUCUUUUCCUUUCAUCAGACACUGUGAAAACAUCCUCCUCUGCGCGUGCUUUCAAUGUUACCUGUGCGUAAGUGUGUGUGUGUGUGUGUGUGUGUGUGUGUGUGUGUGUGUGUGUGUGUUCAUUCAUUAUUUUGUUGCUGGAACAAAUAUGGAGUGGAUCAUGAAACUCAGCUCUUGUGUAAAACACCAGGUCUCUGCCUUACCGUGUAACAGGGUCAACAACCCUGACUUCUAAAUCUACAAGGACAAGAUAUGAAAGGAAACCAGGAAGUCAACUUCCAUUGGCCUGAGCCCAGGAGCUCUCUAGAAGUCCAAGAACACCAGACUUGAUCAAGGAAGGCUGUCACUUUAGAGGUUCAAAAGAAAACAUCUCAAAGCAAAGGCAAGCAAAGGGGUCCCAUGAUUCAUUCUUCUCCUUUGAUGGGCCUCUUCCCAGGUAGAUUUGAGUCUAUCCGCAGGCCCCAGCCCCUACUGGUCCUUCUGGUUUCCUGUAGCUCUUGUCUCCUAUUCCAAACGGACUUCCCUAUAGCCUGCAGGAGUCCGUAGCAUAACCAAUUAGCAUGUUGCAUGCUAUUUUCUCAGAUCCUGGACAGUUCCAGCAGGAAGCAGGCAGAAGAAAGAUUACUUCAUAGAAAUCCUAGAAUUCAUUCUGCUGAGAAAGGGGUGAAAGAGCUGAAGGGUAAAGAUGACAGUGGUCUCUAUCAUUUCAAAUGAUGGGAAUUUGAAGAGUAACUUCAGGGAGAAAGAAAUGUGUGAAAAUUCAGGCCAUGCUGAGGGAACUCUCCAAGGGUUAUCCCAUCCCCUUAUUUUCUCAUAACCCAAUCACCCUCAGAGAAAGUGGUCUUAGGCCAGUGUGCACAAAAAGAAAAUGAGGCACAUGGACAGAAAUGACAUUCUUCACAUUCAUGUGGGAAACAUGCAGAAGGGCUUAGACAAAAUGAAGAUGGUACUAAGGAAUUUAUAAGGUUUUCUCCCAGGAAACCUCCCAGGGAAAUCCACCUUCCAAGAAUCUCGUCUCACUUCUAUUAUAGAAUGAGCUCACCUUUACAUGAGCAAAGAAAGGGCGCCAAAGAGAAUCCUCGCUUAGCAAGAUCUUCCUAUUGGUCUCUAUUGGAAUCUAAAUGGAGAAGGCGUAAGAUAUAAAUGAGAUACCAUCAACUGUCCUCACUUGGGUGUGUUUAUGGCCUACAUGGCUUCAGGUUGGACCGCAGCUGCAUCUCAACAUCAUAUUAUCGUGCUGAUAGGAUUAUCAUGGAGGAGGUACAGGCCUGUCAGCCACUAGACAGCCAUAGCACAGCCCUUUUUAUAGGAAUGGAAGAGGCCACUUGCCUCAGGUGUUUACCCUCACUGUGGGGCUGAGCAAUCAAUGUCACCUACUCUGUGGAACCAGCAGACUCUACUGUAGAUUCUAAACCAUGAGUUCACUCUUCCAACACUUCUGAAGUGUCUGUGACUAUGGCCAUCACUACUUUACUGGCGAGGAAACAAAUCUAGAGGGAGAACUCAGUUGCCCAUAUAAGCAAAUUUUACCUGGUUUUCUGAGCACAGAGACAAUAUUCUUCCACAAUGGUAUCUGGGAUUUUUCCACGAUUACUCUUAACAACAGAAACAAAAGUGAAACUAAUGAUGAUAAAGCCCAGUGAAGACAAUGGUCAGCUUCAAAUUCCUUUAGAGCCUCAUGUUUUACAUUCAUAACAUAUUUGAAUAACAUUUGCUAAUUUAUUCUCCAUAGUUUAAAUAUGACUGCAUAUAUAUACAGAUAUAUAUUAUGUAUGUAUGUAUAUAUAUGUAUAUAUAUAUAUAUAUGUUUUUAAAUCUGCCCUUUAUCUCAUACAUCUCCCUGAUGGACCUUGGGGAAUGAUAUCUCUGUCCAAGGCAUAGGAACUAGUCUUGUUCCUUCCUCCCGAGGUCAAUUCUAUACUCAAGUUCACAUCAACUUAUACUCCCCUAAACACACUCAUUGCUGUGUGCAUAUUCUGACUGCACUGCUCCUGAGAUUCAACUUAGGUCUCUUCUUCUUACAGAGGGUUCUGCAAAAUACCUACAGAAAGACUAGAAUAAUGAGGACUUACCUACUAGGCAUGGUGAAGGUUGAGCCCACAAAACCCAACAGACAAAGGAGAAACAAGAUAUAACCUUACUCAGAAGAUCCUUGACUAUUGGGAAGUGCCUAUUUUCUUAGUAGAGUCCUAUGGCUUCUAAUGUGGGCAAAUCUUAGGACACAUGUCAUACAAACAUAUGGAAUCUUAAACACCUGUCACUUAGCUCUAUACAACCCUUGGGUUCCUAUAGCAUCCAGCACUCCAGACAGGUACCACUAGGAAGUACAAAUCACUACGGCAUGGUACACCAUGGUAAGGAGGAUAAGAGCUUGCUCUUUGGUUUGAACUCCAACUUCACCAUUUUUGAACAUUAAAUUACCAGGCUGAACAAUACUUGGAAAAAUGAAAGCAUGCAAAAAUCCCUGGCCAGGUUAGAAGUAGUUCAUCUGAAAGGCUAGGGCAGGAAAACAGGAAGGCAAAUUGAAACUCAGUGUCUUCUCAGAAGCAAGGAUGUUUAUGGGAUGUGGAGCUGAGUGAUAAAUGAUGUGGGGGAUAGAAUAAAGAAAGUCAUCCUUUGUUAGUCUGUAACUGACCACCCCUGCUAACCAUCAGCACCGAACUAAAACAAGUCCCAGAAGAUAUGUCUAGAUCCAAGGCUAAGCAUGAACAAUAUGCCGAUCCAAUGCCAUAAAGUCAGUAGAUUAUGCUGAGCUGAGUUCCCUAAGAAUGAGUCACCAACCCAGGCUAAGAGACAAAAGAUAAAAUGGAGAGGUGACAGUGUCAUUUGAAAGCCCUGACUUGCCUUUCCCAUUGACCAAUCAAUGUGAAGCCCUCCUUAGCCUCUUGCCAGCUCUAACAUACAGCCACAUAUAGCAGAAAAAUGGGAAAAGUAAAUUCAACCAUAGAUCAACUGAGAUUCAGCCCCGUUUGUGUGGGUUCCCUAUGUGAGAUGGUCCCUAGAUACAUAUCAAAAUAUCAAAAACUACAAAACUCAGAGCCUUCCCUUUACCUAACAUGGUGUCACCUUUAAAAUCCUAUCCUUUCUGAAUCAGAGAGAGAGAGGGACAGAGAGAAGACAAAGAGACAGAGACAGAGUUAUUUGGUGGACAGUGGGGGAAAAGGAAUAGAUCUAACUCAAGUUUUCUCUGACACAUAUUUCCGGGUCGUGGAGCUGAUCCUCAGAACACACAACAAAUAUCUCUGUUGUUUUUCUGUAUGAGAAUAGGCUCUUUGAGUUUCUUGGUAAUCAUGGGUAGACUCUUGUAUGACAGUGGCUAUAAACUGUAUUAUGGAGACCAAGACCACCUUUUGCAUACCUCCUGGCAAUGUCCACAAGGGGUGGAAAAGCUAUCAAAAGACCACAUUCACCCCUGAAUUCCAUCCAUGAAUAUUAGGUGUCCCACAGGUGCAGUCAGCAUCCACAUUGAUAGCCUCCCAAACCUGAUACCCCUUUACCUAGCAUGGAUCCACCUAAGAGCUUAGUGGUGGUCCGCCGCAGCUGGUACAAGAGAUGGUCAAGGCCUGGGAUGGAAGACAAUCUGCUAGAAAAGACUUUGAAAGGUGGUUAACAAUGAGACUUCCUUCUGGUUCUGAGAACCACUCUAGAUGAUAAAAUGAAGACUCUGUUGGAAAGUUCAGAGAAUAAAGCCUAGGGGCCCUAGAAUAUUAACAAAGUAAUGGUAUGAGAUCUGGGCCAUGGAGGGUGCCUAAUGUGGGUCAUGGUUCUUCAGUGAGAAUAAUUUCUAAGGUCUUUGCGUGCCUACUCAUGUUAGUCUAGAAAAAUGUCACCCUUUUGAAGGGACAGGCAGGAUAACAGUACCAUAAUCUUCAUAAGACUGCAGAUGCUUGGAUAGAGUCAAGCAGAGUUUGCUACCCUGGUGACUCCUAUGAGGGGUGCUAAGAUGCGUAAAGAAACAGGGCCCGUAAGAAAGAACUUGACGACUGCCGGAGAGGCUAAGCUAACCAUUUCACGCUUCCCAGCGGAAGCUGGACUUCUCCAUCUGCUGGUGUGAAGUGCAGAAGCAGCAUUGCUGUGAUAGACUUCAAAGUCAGUUUCACCUUUGCUGGGCAAAUCCUCGCAGAGUGAGAGUCGUGUUUGAACCCGUCCCUGCAAACUGUAAGCUAAGCAGGUCGUGCUUGGUUUGUGAGGUGGAAGCUUUCCAAUCAAAAGACAGCCCUAGCUGUGUAUGGUUACCGCCAAUCACAGGGAGCAGCUCCUUGGCCAUACACCAGAUGCUUACCGAGAAGGACAGCCAUCAGUCAGACUCACUGGCCAUAAAGGCUCUCAGUGACAGCCAGAACCAAUAAAGGUCCAGGCAGGAGUCGUAACAAGACUUUGCUUCCUGCUAACUCCAAAGAUUGAUUCAGCCUUCAGUCCCUACUCAAGGCCUGUAGGAAAAGAUUUCAAAAGCACAGUGAUUCUGUUGACACCUGAUUAUAAUCAUUCCCAAUGUAUACAUUUUAUCACCAACUGGAUCUCGGGAUAGCCCAGGUUAACUCAUAUUUGCAAUCAGGCUCAAAAUCACAUUCUACCUUCUCUCUCCACUCUAUAUCCUACUUAGCCAAUCAAAGGUCCAGUCAUAGCUUUUAUGGUUGCCUUGGCUGGUGGCUACUAGUACAGCUCUCCAGGGGCUAUCAUGAGGUCCCCAGUCUAUACUAGAGAGGCUGACAUUUUCAUACCCAUGUGGCACAUGAUACCACAUGAGACCAAAGUCUCCACACUGUUUGAAGCCUCCACAAAUCCCAGUGGCCUGCACUUGUACAGUUUGGGUGUUUGAUAGAUAAAGCACGUAUGAGAAGAGAAAACAAAAUAAAUGAACUUCAAAAAAUAAAGCCAGCACUGUGCUGUCGAUUUUCUUGUUUUGUUUUCUUGUUUUUUCCUUUUUCUUUCCAGUUCUAGCUUCAAAAAACAGAAGGUAAAUAAUGUCAGGUCAAUGAAUAUCAGAUAUAUUUUUUGACUGUACAUUAAAGUGACGUGUAAUCUUUUUACACCUGCAAGUCCAUCUUAUUUAUUCUUGUAAAUGUUCCCUGACAAUGUUUGUAAUAUGGCUGUGUUAAAAAAAUCUAUACAAUAAAGCUGUGACCCUGAAAUUCA